CUUCUCCUCUCCACUUGUAACUGAUAAGAACAACAUCUGCAAUGGCCAGAAACAUCACCAAGAAGAACAAGCGCUGCAGAGGACACCAAAAAGCAAUCUCCAAAAAGAAAUCACAUUCCAGCACUGAAUCUGGCCUUAGGAAUUACUCACUCUACAUAAACAGGGUCCUAAAAGAAGUGGUUCCCCAGAAGAGCAUAUCAUCUCGCACCAUUGACAUCAUAAACACCAUGAUCAAUGACACGUUUGAGAGCAUUUCCACUGCAGCCUGCAACCUAAUGUAUUACAGAAAACGCUGUACCCUCACCCCUGAAGACAUCGAGAAGGCAGUGUAUUUGCUGCUGCCUGAGAAACUGGCUAAGUAUGCAGUGGCUUUCGGAAAAGAAGCUGUCCAACGAUAUGUCCGCUCCUUAACUCCAUGUUCCAGCUUCAUUAAAUCUUGGGGAAAGUAA